AGUGAAGCUGCGUUACAGGCUCCAGCUCCACCGCACGCCCCCGUUUCCUCCCCUCCAAACCAAACAUCGUCACCUCCACCCCUCCCGCCCUCGGACUCCCUCUGUCUGUAACAGCCCUCUCAGCGCACGCCUGUCAUGGACUCCAUCCCGCGAAGGAGGAGGCUCAUCAAGCGGCAGCUCGACUCCAUCAUCAUCCAUUUUGACUGCUUUUACGCUUCAGUAUUCGAAGCUGAAACCCCGGCUCUGAAGAGCGUGCCACUGGCUGUGCAGCAGAAACAGAUUGUGGUCACAUGCAACUACGAGGCGCGCAGACGAGGCCUGCACAAGCUGCAGCUCAUCACGGACGCGAAGCGCAUUUGUCCCGACGUAGUAAUUGUGCUAGGCGAAGAUCUCACGCGAUUUAGGAAUGCCUCAAAAGAGCUCUACGCCUUUCUCAAGAACUUUUCCUGGAAUUCCAAAGUAGAAAGACUUGGGUUCGAUGAGGCAAGUAAGCCCUUUCUUUUCAGUCAGCAGAUUCCAUAUGUGUUUAUGGAUGUGUCAGACAUCGUCGACUAUAAUCUCGGGCUUGUAAGUCAGCAUGAUCUGGAGACUUCAUUCUUUUGUCUCUCCAAAAAUGACCCAACAGCCGGGUUUACGUUUGACGCCUCUCAAUGUGCCGGCCGCACCUAUCCGGAUGGGGAUGGAUCAAAUGAUAAGCUUUGCGUAGACGCCUCCCAAUUUGGCACGGAUGCCCUGCGGCUCCGAUUGCAUUUGGGAUCCCAUCUUGCAGAACACCUACGCCACCAACUUCACUCACAGAAAGGCUACACCUGCACCGUGGGGGUGUCCACCAACAAGCUUCUGUCUAAACUUGUAGGGAGCCUGCAUAAGCCUGACGAUCAAACGACGUUGUUGCCGCCGUAUGUUCCUAACCCUGAUACCGAUCACCUCGAUAACGUGACGUCGUUUAUCGAUGGACAUGAAAUCGGAAAGAUACCCGGGAUUGGUUUUAAGCUUGCGCAGAAGCUUCGAGCUCAUGUCUUAGGGAAGCCACUCGAGUCUGAUACCGGCUUGAUGUACGGUGGCACCAAAGAGAAAGUCCUCGUCGCCGAUGUUCGAAAUCACCCAGGCAUAAGCGUUGACAUGCUGGAACAGGUGCUCGGAGGUCCUAGUACACCACAUGGGAUUGGCGUCAAGAUCUGGAGUUUGAUUAACGGCAGUGACGACACUGAAGUCGGUCAAGCUCGCGAAGUGCCUAAACAAAUUAGCAUUGAAGAUAGUUACUACAUACGUUUGAAUACAUUGGAGGAGGUGACCAAAGAACUCCGCGUAUUAGCAAUAAGUCUACUAAAACGAAUGCAUGCGGAUCUUCUGGAGGAAAAGGAAGAUCAAGGCCAGGAAAAUCUUGAAGCAAGUGCCUUCAGCGCUUCCUUUACCGAUGGUGCCGCGAAACGCUGGCUUGCGUUUCCGAAAACACUCCGACUCUCCACGCGCCCACGGACGCCACAGAAUCAUGAUGGGAGUCGAAGCCGUUCGUUUGCUCGGAUUUCCCGUUCGUCCCCCAUGCCAAACUUUAUCUUCAGCCUCAAAGAGAACUCUGACGCUUUAGCGGAACGGUUGGUAUCAGAAACUUUAAUUCCGCUGUUUCGCAAACUCCACCAUGAGAAGAGCGGAUGGAAUCUGAGUUUGGUCAACAUUGCGGCAACGAACAUGGUCGCUGCCGCAAGUGGGAAGGGUGGUGUGGGCCGAGAUAUCUCAAAAAUGUUUAAGCAACAGGAUAACGUGCUGAAACAAUGGAGGAUUGAAGAUGAAGAAGCCGAUUCAGUUAAGAGGGAAUUGGACUUGGCUGAGAGAGGCACUGGCACACAAGCGGUAGAAGCAGUAGGGGGAAUGGAAGGUGGGUCUGAGGACAUACCGACGCGAUCUCAAGACCAAGUUGCAGAGGGGGAUACCUGGGAGCCCGACGAAGAAGACAACAUGAACGAGACUUUUCGGUGCGACCAGUGUGGAGCGAUCAUGCCGUUGUUCGCCAUGGUAGCUCAUGAUCGUUGGCACUUUCACGGCUCGGUGUUUAGGUAGAUAAUACCCUAUUAGACUUAUG